AUGGGCGUUCUCCGAGCGCGAGAUUGUUGGAUGGGGGAUGGCGGUGAAUAUUGCUCGUCGUCGCCUUGGGGCAACUGGGGUCGCUGGGUGGCCUUGGCCGUCAUUAUUGUUGUGGCGUUCCUGCUGGUAUUCCUCUUCGCGUGCAUGAAUGCCCGCCGUCGUCGCAGAUACGGCCAGCGCCCCUUCCGUGGAACACAGUGGAUGGCAGGCGGUGCUCCUCCUCCGACCGAACAGCCGUACUACUAUCCCAACACCCCUCCUUACCCACCUCCGCCGCAGUACUCGCAGAAUCCCAAUCCGCAGACGUACGGGUAUUUCGGUGGCCAGCAGCCUCAGCAGAACGGGAUUGAGCUGCAGUCGCCGCCCCACGCAUACUACGGUGGCCAGCGUGCCUAUGAACCUCCGCAAGGGCCUCCGCCGAACAAGACUUGA